AUGGCCGACGAGUAUGACUUUAAGCUUUACCGCUACACUCCUUCCCUUGCGGCCGCGGUUAUCAGCGUGGCGGUUUUUGCAAUUCUUACUGGUCUUCAUAUUUGGCGACUGUUUCGAGCACGCGCAUAUUACUUUACUGCGUUCACCAUUGGAGGCAUCUUCGAAGUCGUUGGGUAUGCCGGCAGAAUAUGGGGACACUACGAUAAGGAGUCAAUCGCUGGUUUUGUUAUCCAAGCUAUCCCAAUUCUUGUUGCUCCUGCCCUCUUUGCUGCCUCAAUUUAUAUGAUUCUUGGACGAUUAAUUCGAGCCGUUGAUGCAGUGCAUCUGUCAUUAGUGCCUGUUCAAUGGGUUACACGCAUUUUUGUUACCGGCGAUGUUAUUGCCUUUACUCUCCAAGCAGGUGGCGGAGGCGUUCAAUCUGGGGGGACUCUAGACAUGUCUAGAAUAGGCGAGAAGAUGAUUGUUGUUGGUUUAUUUGUGCAGAUAGCCAUCUUUGGCUUCUUUGUCUGCACAUCUAUCCUAUUCCAUUAUCGACUUUACCAAUCCCCUACUGCCGAAUCAUUGCAAGGUACUACACCCUGGAGGCGAUACUUAUACGUUCUUUACGGUUCAAGUUUUCUUAUUCUUGUCCGUAGCAUCUUUAGGGUUGUUGAAUAUCUCCAGGGCAAUGCUGGAUAUCUGAUCUCGCACGAGAUAUUCUUAUAUAUUUUCGAUGCAGUUCUUAUGGCGAUUGUCAUGCUUAUUCUGGUUGUGUGGUAUGUCGAAAGCCUGCAACCAGAAUUACUGAAGCCAGACUCUGAGGGAGGUGUUUUCUCAUCUCUUAACACCGUGGAACUUGAACCGCGGUGA